AUGUCCACUGGUAGCAAUAAAGAGGGUCUGCUGAACGUUCUUGUCCAUGAAUGGUCAACCAACCAAGCUUAUGCCAAGAAGAUUGGAAUCUGUGUAUUGUACGUCACUCAUGGAAACAGAUGUACCAAACUUAAUGCCUUUGAGGGUGGAAUGACCCCAACAGAUGCUGUGGAUCUUCAUAGUACUCAGGAAGAGGCGGAUACGUGGAUGUUUCUUCACGCCUUCCAUGCUUCCGCAGAUGGACAUCACAGCAUUAAUAUUGCAGUAUUUUCAUCAGAUACAGAUGUCGAAGUACAGGCAAGCCAACAUCAAGCAGCCAUUCCUGCGGAAAUAAUACUGAUAAGCGGCACAAGGAGUAGAUCGCGUUUAGUAAGCAUUAGGCAAUUCUGUAAAAAGCUUGGUCGUAGAAUAUGUCAGGUUCUUCCAAGUUUGCAUGCUUUGACAGGCUGUGAUACUGUCAGCUCGCUUGUUGGAAAGGGCUAG